AUGACCUCCGAUGGAUCUGAAGGUUCCCCCAAGUGCUGCUCUUCUGAGUCCUGUGGCCGGGCUUCCAGCUGUGCAUCUGCUUCCCCCUGUGUCCCCACUGCCACUGCUGGGGCUACAUCCAGAUGUCAGACGCCAGGCUUCCUGUCCAGGUCUCACCUGCCCAUCGGUUGCUAUUUGGCUGGGAGUUGUAGCAGCCCGUGCCUGGUGGGGAACUGUGCUUGGUGUGAGGACGGAGUGUUCAACAGCAAUGAGAAGGAGACGAUGCAGUUCCUGAACGACAGACUUGCCAACUACCUGGAGAAGGUUCGCAGCCUGGAGGAGACCAACGCCGAGCUGGAAUGCAGGAUCCGAGAACAGUGUGAGCCAGAUACGCCCCUGGUGUGCCCGGACUAUCAGUUUUACUUCAACACCAUUGAAGACCUCCAACAGAAGAUCUUAUGCACAAAGGCGGAGAAUUCUCGACUUGCCGUACAGCUUGACAACUGCAAACUGGCCACUGAUGAUUUUAGGUCAAAGUAUGAGAGUGAGCUGUCUCUUCGCCAGCUGGUAGAGACGGACAUCAGUGGCCUGCGUGGAAUCCUGAAUGAGCUGAACCUGUGCAAAUCUGAUCUGGAGGCCCAUGUGGAGUCUUUGAAGGAAGACCUCCUUUGCCUUAAGAAAAGUCACGAAGAGGAGGUCAACCUGCUUCGAGGACAGCUCGGAGACCGACUCAGUGUGGAGCUGGACACUGCCCCCAACGUCGACCUCAACAGGGUCCUGGAUGAGAUGCGAAGUCAGUAUGAAACGGUGCUGGCCAACAACCGCAGAGACGCGGAAGAAUGGUUCUCCGUUCAGACAGAAGAGCUGAAUCAGCAGCAGCAGUCCAGCGUGGAGCAGCUGCAGGGCUGCCAGACAGAGAUACUGGAGCUGAAACGCACGGCCAACACCCUGGAAAUUGAGCUGCAAGCCCAGCAAAACCUGACAGAAUCUCUGGAAUGCACUGUGGCAGAAACCGAGGCCCAGUACAGCAGCCAGCUGGCCCAGAUGCAAGGCCUGAUUGAUACCGUGGAGAACCAGCUGGCAGAGAUUCGCUGCGACCUCGAGCGGCAGAACCAGGAGUACGAGGUGCUGCUGGACACGAAGGCCAGGCUGGAGUGCGAGAUCAACACGUACCGGGGCCUGCUGGACAGCGAGGACAGCAGGCUGGCCUGUAACCCCUGUUCUACAAUAUCCACUGCAAACAACACUUGUGAGCCGUGCUCAGCAUAUCUCAUUUGUACAGUUGAAAACUGUUGUGUUUGA